AUGUCUUCUAUACCAUCCCUUCCCCAGCUGCCAGCGAAACACUCCAGCUUUUUAAGCUACAUCGACGCGAACGGUAAUAAGCCCAUCGAUGAGCUACUCAAGCCCUACAAUGAGUACGACUCGGUGCUGCGUCAGGUUUUCGCCCAGGAGCCUUCUAAUCCCAUCCUGGCAGACAACUACAUCAAUGUUGUGCCAUUGUAUGGUGCCAAUGGUGCAGCCGACCUUCGUGUUCAAGCUAGAGACUUGAGCUCCGAGCCAAAGGAAGUCUGUGAAAGGUAUCUUUUACCUCUCAAGGACGAGGAUCGGAAGCCUAAUGGCUCCCCUGCCAUUGUGACUACAUUGAAGGAGUUCCAAACCAAUUUUAACCUCUUCUCCGAGAGCUCCUUGAGCGAUCUUGACUGGAACAAUGUCGUCGCUGCGGGAAGCUCAGUUGUGUCGGCUCUCCUUCCUGUGCCAGAAGAGUAUAGCGAAUCGAAACGACAGCUACGCCAUUUCUACCACGAAAAGUUUGCUCCUGCAUCUGAUGUUGAUUUGUUCAUCUACGGGCUUGACGAGGAACAGGCAAUCGAGAAGAUUAAACAAAUUGAGCGCAAAAUCAAGGACUCUAUCUUAUAUGAGACUACAUCGGUUCGAACAAAGAAUACCAUCACCAUUGUCUCCCAGUACCCUACCCGCCAUGUCCAGGUAGUUCUACGGAUAUACAAGUCGAUUUCGGAAAUCAUCACUGGCUUUGAUGUUGAUUGCUCUUGUGUGGCAUACGAUGGCAAAAAUGUCUAUGCUGCUCCUCGCGCGGUUGCUGCUCUGGUCACUCAGACAAACCAAAUCGACCUUACAAGACGUUCACCAUCUUACGAGAACCGUUUAUCAAAGUACUCACAUCGUGGGUUUGAAGUCUACUGGCCUCAGCUAGAUAGAUCCCGCAUUGACCCUACAAUAUUUGAACGGAGCUUUAUGAGGACAACUGGCUUGGCUCGGCUCCUUGUUUUAGAACGGUUGCCGACAUCAAGAGACCGAGAGCAGUACAUGGAACAGCGGCGCAGGGAGCGUGGUCGCCCUCCUCAGACCAAUGGCUUCUAUCGAAAUAUUCGAAAAUUAAGGGGUAAUAUCAAGAAUAAUUGGGAAGAUGAAGUAGCGGAAUGGGUGGAUGCAGAAGAAAUCUCCGACUACCAUACAAUUACAAUCCCCUACGGAGAAAAAUUCCAUGCACGGAAAAUUGAGAAACUACUCUAUACCCAUGACCUACUGCUAAACGCCGAGUGGAACAACCAGAAACGAGAGGUUACACUUCACCGUCACCCUGUGUUCUUUGGGAACGUUGAGGAUAUCAUCCAAGACUGCUGUGGCUCAUGCCCAAAGCCAACCACCCCUGAAGAAGAGGAGGUAUGGGGAAAGGAAAGCAAAAUCUACAUUUCGGGAGACGUCUCUUUUAUCAAAGAUGACCCAGGCAGGCAAGCAAUAGGAAGUUUCAACCCAAUCACCGAAACAGACUGGACAGAUAUGGCUUAUAUCGGAAACACUACUCGCCUCUUCCAAGCAAUUGCCGAUGAUGACAUUGAAGCGGUGCGUGAAUGGCUUGCACUGGAGGGCGCGGACCCAAAUCGCCGUGAUCAUACCGGAAGAACUCCUUUGCAUCUGGCGACAAUGAUUUCUACUCCAGAGAUUGUACAGUGUCUUGUCGACCAUGGUGCAAGGCUGAUUGCACGUCUUGCGGAUGGACGCAUGGCUUUGCACCUUGCAGCGGAGCGCGGAAACGUUGAGAUUAUCCGUAUCCUACUCCAUAAGAGCGAAGAGAAUGAAGAAGCGGAAGAAGCGAAAAAGGACCAGCAGCGUACGGCUACGAAAGAUACCCAGAGCGAGAAUGAAGACGUCGAGAUGGAAGAUUCCGACAACGUGGUGGUUGUGAACGAAGAUCCCGAGAACUCUGACGAUGAUAAAAUGUCCUUGGUGACUGGCUCUUUUGUCGACGUUAAGAAGGAAGAUGCGAAAAUAGGAGAAGAAGAUAACGUCCCUGAUGACGAGAAAGCAUCUGAACCUGACAUUAUAGAUAUCAACACCAUAGCUUGGGACAGCGGGUCCACACCUUUGCAUCUUGCUAUCAUCCAUGGCCAUGCGGACGCUGUGAAGGAGCUUGUUUCUUCAUUUGGAGCGGACGUACUCCUUCCCAUAAAGCUCUCCGAACAAAAUUAUCGCGGUCCACGAUCAAUUCUUCCUCUAACUUUGCCCCUUAACCUGUCCUCUGAUCAGGCGGCUGUCAUGACAGAGACACUUCUUAAGCUGGGUGCUACUGCGGCACAAGCUGAUUUCAGUGGAAGAACCCCCUUACACUACUUUGCGGCCUCUUCCUACCCAAGGCUUUUUGAUACCCUCUCAAAACAUGACCCUUCCGCUAUCAGGAGGGCAAUUGACCACUUAGCUGUCGAAGAUGCUUACCAUAGUCCCUACGCUGAAUCGGCAUUAACGGUUGCUCUGAAUUCAAAGGCUCCGGGUAUCGUUGGGAAACUACUCGACUUCGGAGCCUCUCCAGAUAUCAACUUCAGCAAAUAUAUGAAAGCCGCUCUGCUUCAGAACGACGCUCUAAAAAACCAAGAUGCAAAACAAAACCAAAACAACUUCCAACAAAAUGUUACGCAACCAAUAGUUACUGCUAUAAUGACAGAUCAACCGUUAGUCGCCAUACAGUUGUUAGAACAUGGAGCCGACCCAAACACCCUCUCUACGCUUGGAUAUAGGAUUCUGGGAAGUAACUAUGCAAGCGACCCGGGAGAGUCGCUAUUAGACCUCGUGGUUAUGAAGAUUUGUCAUUUGCGAGAGUAUAAUGAAAGGUUUGACCAAAAGGCAGUCACUCCCUUAGAAAGUGAUGAAACUUAUCUGGCAGCGUAUGCAGAGGGCAGCUACCAAAUGUGUUUUGUUAAAGAACGUCUUGCCAGAGAGAAGGUCCAUAUAAAGAGGCAACAGAAGCAGUACGAAAAGUCAAUGAAAGAAGCUGAGAAUCGCAAAGGUCUGAAAGAGAAGGAUUGUGCGGUUAAGGCACUCCUGCACGAUUUCGAAACUCUCGAAUCCGAGCUCGUUACGAAAGGGGCCAAGAAGUUCAAUGAACUACACCCAAGCGCCCGAUACCCCGAAAGACCUCCCGUUAGGGGUUAUGAAGGUUGGAAGCCAGAACCAUUUAAGAUUGAAUUCAAUUUCAGUACACCUGAUCUUUCGGACGGUAGGAAGGAGGGCUAUAUAAAACUAUUCGAAGCAGCAUGGUCAGGCGACUUAGAAACCAUCAAGUCUUUAACACUGGAGAUGUGGGGUCCUAACAAGGAAAUGUCACCUCUCGUAAUCGCUGUGGACGAGCGAAUGGGGGGUUCUUCUCCCUUUUCAUUAGCACUUCUCCGCGGCCACUUCGAUGUUGCAAAGGCCAUUCUUCAAAUAGUUCGAGCACAGUACAAACCAAAGGCUACUGCUCAACAGACCUACCGCAUGGAGUCUGACGAUGAGAGUGAUAGAUCCGACAACGAAGAAUCAGACGAAGGGCUUCGCAUUACGGGUGAGAGUGUAUGCGAUGAACUAACCAUUGACAACAUUGGUGAAGUGGCGACGCAGGCAGAGAGUGAUAUUUCACCUCUUCAAGUCUUACGAUUGGGCUGCAGAGCCGGCCUUAUUAUGGGUCCCAACGCCAACAAACCGUCUUUCGGCCGCCCUAAUCUUUUCAGUUUUGCCAUAGAGCAGGACAACCUUGCAUUGCUAAGGUUCCUUCUGGAUCUUGGACAGUCUGAAAUUGUUAGUGGCGCUGAAGAUGGUCCUUACGAGUUACUGUCUGCCGCCGACUUCAGCGACGCAAUACGUGAUGGGCAGCCCCGAUGCCUUGCUGAAGUCAUUAGUCGGACGGGAGCCCAACUCCCACUGAACAAGUUUGUGGAAGAAAGUGGGAUUACUCUUAAAAGAAAACCAAAAUAUUACCAAGGCCUAUCGAUCGACGGGAAGAAGCGUGAAGACUGGGCUGCAGCUGCAGGGCAAAGUGUUCCUGUACUCAAGAACAACGAAUCGGAGAUACCUCUUCUUCGGGCUGCACUCUCUGGGAAAGUAGCCAAUGUAGAGUGGUUCCUCAGUACAGCCCCAAAGAGACAUUACAUGGAAUACGCAAAUUCCAACAAGCAGGAUAAGCGGCUGAGAAAGUUAGCACAGAUGCCCGAUGGCAUCGAUGGAUUUAUUGAACGAUGGCUAACUUCAAGAAAUGAGCUUCUCCUUCACUGUGCUAUUAUGGCUAGUGAAACUGACGAGGCCGUGAAGCUUGUUCACUACAUUGUAGAGAAUGUCCCCAACUGCCUUGAAAGAAAAUCAUCCAAUGGAUACACGCCAUUGCUCCUAGCUUUUUCCAAGCGGAGAGCCCUCUUUGCUAAAGUGCUCAUUGAAGCUGGAGCCAACCUCGAAGCUCGCGAUGUACUGGGUAAUAACAUUCUCCAUUUACUAUUCCGACCCAAUAACGAAUUCUCUACUUCCGAGACGGGUUUCGAGGAGCUACUUAGCUUGAUAGAUCCUAGCCUGGUUGCUUCACUUCUUAGCUGUCGCUCCUCAGAUGACCCCGGAGCACUUACACCUUUCGCUUCUUGGAUUCAUAUCUUAACCAGGCACAACAGGGUGGACGACAAGACCGUUGGGCUCACCAAGAAAUUACUUGACUUUGCCGAACCAACAGGGCAAAGUCAUCUCGAACUGCUUGAUGGUUCUGGAAACGCACCUAUUCAUAGAGCUGUUAGGGCUCCAGUACCACGUCUAGUCAGACUGAUGCUGGAGCGCCGCCCAAGCCUUCUCACUAUAGAGAAUUCAACAGGAAGCACUCCUAUGGAACUCGCAAGGGAUGCAUGGGCCACCAAAGUCACAACAAACCCUCCAAGGUUGCCCUCGCGCGUGUUCCAUAGGUGGCAAAGACCUAAUGCUCCAGCCAUUAUUGGCCGAGACCCCGAAUCAUUCGUUCCUGGGGAGAAUGACACAAACGAUGAAACGCGCUCAAAUGUUGAAUUAGUUUACGACAUAUGCCUUGAGAUAUCGGCUAAGCAAAAUCAAAGAAAGAGGAAGCUGGUUAGCCUCCUUGAGGCCAACGAGGUUGCAAAACGAGUGGAGAGACGGUUAAGGCCAAUGUAUACGUAUAGGAGAAAUUCCGAAGAGGAUGAAGUUUCUCGGUGGCACAACAAGUAUUGA